AUGGUCCCGUGGUGGGAGCUCCAGAUCGGGGUAUCCGUGGCCCAGCUCAUCCGCCUGGUUUCGUCCGGGGACAGCAGCAUACGGUCGAACACUCUGCUCACCAUGUUCCCAGGAGGGGUGGAGGAGAGACUCGUGCAGGACUUCCGCCUCCAUCCCAAGGGUCGCACGAAGAUGAUCGCUCUGGCGGUGCAGGGCGUGGACGAAACCAGCAGUCGCAAGGAGGAGCUGAUCAAUGCGAAAUUCUUCUGGCAGCAGCCCGGGAAGGUGGAGACCCUGAAGGCCGCAAUAGCGACCUACGGGCAGAGCUGGGCGAAGAUCAAGGAGAGGUGCGAAGAGUUCCAGGACUUGCAGACGUCGCAGCUGAAAGACAAGUGGAAGUCGCUGGUCCGUGUCGACCAGACGCUCGCUGGCAUCUCAUCUCCUGGAAAGCGGGGGAGACCAGCCAGGACCAGCUUGAUCGAACUGGAUGAGAACUGCGACGACUUUGCAGAGACUCGGGCGCAGCUCGAGAGAGAGAAGCAGAAGAACGUGGCUAACAAACAGCAGUUGGACCUCGCCAGCCAGAGGGGCCUUGCUCUGAGGCGACAGCUGGCUACGGUAGAGAAGGAGAACGAAACUCUGAGCAUAUCCCUCAAUACGUUGAACCAGCAGCAGCAGGAACUGGAGCUUGAGAUACGUGCCCGGAGAGAAUUCGCUGGGGGGUUGCGCCUGAAGUUAAACGGCACGAGCUCGCGAGUGAGAGAGCUGCUGACGGUCUGUGCCGAGGCCAGGACGGUCCACGAUGGGCUGUCGGUGACGCUGGAGGUGGAGACGCAGAAAGCCGCCUCUUUGAGGAGAUCCGAGGCUCUGAUGGCGUCAGAGGUCUCCGCCCUCCAGGAUCGGAUCGAGCUCGCCCGCAUAGAAGCUGCCGGGGUCGAGAAGAAGAAUGCCACUCUGAUCGCGAUAGAGGCAGAGUUGCAGCGGCGAUUGCAAGGGUUUGAGAAUGAGAGCGACGACGGUGCAGAGUCUAGUUUUUACAGCGCAGUCUGA